UGGUCGGUUGUGUGGUAGGAUAUUUGUCUCUUUCUCAUCCUACUUCCCUCCUCCAGGACCCUGCCUCUAUCUCGACGCCUGUGAAUGUAACAUCUCUUCAACCACCCUAGACUGAUACUGGAAACCCUGAACAGGUGAUCAUGCUGCCUAAUUGGUCAAAUAUGACCCUCCACCUGGAGGACUCUCUGACCCGUGCCCUGGGCCGUUAUCUUGACAACUGGAGCCGUAACUCCUCAAAGGCAGAACAGGCUCUGGACAACACUCUGGCAGAGGAGAACUUCAGGAACGUCGUUUGGUACCUGAUAGUAAUGAUUGGAAUGUUUGCCUUCAUUGUCGUGGCGAUCCUGGUGAGCACAGUGAAGUCAAAGCGGUGCGAGCAUUCUGACGACCCCUACCACAAAUACAUCGAGGAGGACUGGACUGCCCAGCUCCAACAGCAGAGAGUCGUCAUAAACAACCCCACAGCCAACUAAUCUAAUUUAUAUGCACACACUCCAUGUACAAACACACACAUAUACCAUGUACAAACACAUAGGCACACACACACGCACGUACAGACACACAAUGCUACUAAAGUCAAAUAAUCUUAUAGUAUUAGUAACAAAAGUGUUGUAGUGACUGUAUAACUGAUAUGUUGAUCAUGGAUAGUAAUCAAAAUAAAGAAGUGGUUCAUUA